AUGCAGGAGCAGGACCCGGCCACUUCGCCACUGCCCCUGCUGCCUGUGACCCUGGGGAAGCAAACGGUGGGCGCAGAGCUGCAGGCCCUCUGGAAGCUUGAGGAGGCCCCAGGCCAGCAGGAACCCAACCCUGCCAAUAAGGACUGGUGCGACGGCCUCAGGGUGUCCCGGUCUAAGGACCGAGGGGCCGGCCUCUGCCCGCACAGCACAGCCGCUGCCCGCACGCUGGGCACAGAUCAGGGGUCCAGCUCCUUCCUCCGGCGGGAGGUUGGGGGCUCCCCGCCGGGCAAAGCCCCUGCUGAGCCCCGGGCACCCCGCGGGCCGCAGGAAGGCGUGGGCGGCCGCCCAGGGGCCGCGGGCGCCCGGCUCCGGGGCUGGGUCCGCUGUGUCCAGACCCAGGUCUCCGGGGGCUCCGGGGACUGCGCGCCCCUCAGAGAGCAGCGGGGUGCGUGCCGGCCGGUGACGUCACGCGCUCGGCGGGGGCGGGGUCGAAGGUGCCGCCCCAGGUGCCGCCUCCCCCAGGUGCCCCCUCCUCAGGUGCCCCCUCCUCAGGUGCCGCCCCAGGUGCCGCCCCCCUCCUCAGGCGCCCCCUCCUCAGGCGCCCCCCCUCAGGCGCCCCCUCCUCAGGUGCCCCCUCCUCAGGUGCCCCCUCCUCCUCAGGUGCCCCCUCCUCCUCAGGUGCCCCCUCCUCAGGCGCCCCCUCCUCAGGCGCCCCCUCCUCGUGUGCCCCCCCCUCAGGCGCCCCCUCCUCGUGUGCCCCCACCUCAGGCGCCCCCCCCUCAGGCGCCCCCUCCUCAGGUGCCCCCUCCUCGUGUGCCCCCUCCUCAGGCGCGCGUGCGCGGCUCCAGCUGCCCCGCUUCCCAUGGGGCCGCGCGGCGCGCCCACUUCCGGCAAGCGCGGGCCCGGAAGCGAGAGUCCACGGCGCCGGCGGAGGUGGAGGGCUAUGCCGGGCGGCCCGCAGCCGGCCCUCCCGCGGCGGUGGCUGCAGUCCGCGGCGGCUCUCCCGUGACCGGUGGCCCGCGCUGA